AUGCCACUGAUCAACGGAAUCAAAUUUGCCUGCAACAGCUGUAUCAAGGGCCAUCGAUCAUCCCAUUGCAAUCAUGUCGAACGCCCACUCUUUGAAAUUCGACGAAAAGGAAGACCAGUGACCCAAUGUACGUAUUGCAGAGAUCUACGAAAGACCAAACAAGUGCACGUCAAAUGUGUGUGCGGUGAUCGAAAAGUUAUCCGGUCGUCGGCCGACGCGUCGCCUUCCUCAUCCAAAACAAUUUUGAGCAGCAGCAGCAACAACAACAGCUUUAGAAACUUUUCCCCGCCUCAAUCGGAGCCACUAUUUCUGGAAGCUCGUGGAUCAGCAACAACAGUAACAGCAGCAGGUGAUUGUCCCACCACAAUCACAACAACAAAUGUAGCGAUGGGUGGUGAUAUUGGCAGUGAGACGUUACCCACGUCGUCAUCUUCAUCAUUUUCGUGGGCAUGGAUUAGUCCACAACAACCACCACAACAGCAUUUGGGCUUUGUGUUUCAAAAGCCCCACCAAGGCGAGCAAUCUGUCAAUGAUUACACGAUCACGCCCAGCACAAGCACAACAAUGACCACACGCCCAUUUCGUCAAAUAUCACCUGCUCCUGCUGUUCCAUCAGCAACUACACCAUUACCCAGCACAAUAAUAUCGACCACGGCUUUUGAUCAUAAUCAACCACAACAACCUUUUGCACCAACACCUACAGCAAGUACAGGUCUUGUGAGUACCACCACAACGGUUACCCCACCACCACCACCACCACCACCACCUCCAACCACUGAUGAGAAUGAUCCAAUGGUACAACAGCUUCUCAACAGCCUGAUAGCACGACCAUCUAAUCAGGAUACAACCACUAUUGCUGCAACUCCCACCACAUCAUUUUCACCACCACCCCCAUCAAUGUAUCAGCAUCAAUCAAUGAUGCCACAACAACAUACACCACCGCCACCGCCACCACCACCUGCUACAUCCAUGUGUCGUGGUGGAUGUUGUUCAUGUCCGCCUACUGAUACUAGCAUGGCACAAGGUGAAUCGGUUGUGAUCACCAUCACCCCACUCCCGAAACAGCAAGGUGGAGGACAACAAGAUCACACGACGGCAACAACCAUGACGCGUGUGGUAACAUGCUAUUGUGGCCCAUCCUGCAUUUGCCCUGAUUGCCUGGUGCAUCCUGUCAUCAUCCUCAUCUUCGUGUGGCUCCGAUGA